AUCAAAGUAGGUGCCUCAGAAAUUGGUGAUGUUACACUUCAAUCUCAAUCUCUUUAGUACUUGUGAUUCAGGCAACUUUUAUUAUUAGGUUUUGUUCUUGUAAUCUAUAUUUUGAUCCCUUAUAUAAUGUGAAAAACAGCGUAUAAUGAUACUUUUUACUCAAUUGGGUCCUCAUGAUUUUGGUUAUUGAACUAGUUUUUUUAGGUUAAUGGAAACUAGUAAUGGUUUAUCUGGUGGAUUGUUUUCAAAUAUGGGUUCUGGAAUGUUAGAGCUAGAAAUGUCACUACACCCACACCAACCCCAAUCCCAAUCCCAAUCCCAACCCCAACAAAACCCUCACCAUUUGCAAUCACACCAACACCUCCCAAUUGUUGGCUUUGGCCACCAUGAGGCUGAUCAAAACCCACAAUCUCAGAGACCUGUGAAACAAGCCUACCCAUAUGCCCCAAAAUCCAAAUCCCAGUUGACACUUAGUGAUGAGGAUGAGCCUGGACUCACCGCUGAGGACAGUGCUGGUGAUGGGAGUAGGAAAGUGUCUCCAUGGCAGAGAAUGAAAUGGACCGAUAACAUGGUUAGGUUGUUGAUAAUGGUGGUGUUUUAUAUUGGGGAUGAAGCCGGGUCCGAAGGGAACGAUCCGGCCGGGAAGAAGAAGGGCGGUGGGUUGUUGCAGAAGAAGGGGAAGUGGAAAUCCGUGUCGAGGGCUAUGAUGGAGAGAGGGUUUUAUGUGUCUCCACAGCAAUGUGAGGACAAGUUCAAUGAUUUGAACAAGAGGUACAAGAGGGUUAAUGAUAUAUUAGGGAAAGGAACAGCUUGUCAAGUUGUUGAGAACCAGAGCUUGCUCGAAACCAUGGACCAUUUAACGCCGAAAAGGAGGGAAGAAGUUAGGAAAUUACUCAAUUCCAAGCACUUGUUUUUCAGGGAAAUGUGUGCUUAUCAUAAUAGCUGCGGUGGUGGUGGUUCGGGUGCCCACCGUUCACCAGAAGUGGCAGCUGAGCCAUCUCACGUUCAGCAGCAGCCACAGCAGCAGCGGUGUUUUCACUCGACAGAGAAUGCCCCAAUUGCGGCUAAUUUGGUUAGGGCAGAGUCAGAGGGACUGAAAAUGGUGAAAGUGGGAAGCGAAGAGGAGGAUGAUGACGAGGAGGAUGACAAUGAUGACGAUGAUGAGGAAGAGGAAGACGAGGUGGUGGAAGGUGGUCUGAGAAGCCAUGAGCACGGCCAUGAGGAGGACGAUGAGGAUGAAAGGUGCUCGAAGAAAAGGGCGAGAAAGGGAGUGUCUCUCUCGCUUUCCCCCUCGCCCUCACCCUCGCAAUUGAUUCAACAAUUGAGCUCUGAAAUGAUGAGUGUGGUUCAAGAUGGGACUAAAAGUCCUUGGGAGAAAAGGCAGUGGAUGAAGGUGAGGUUGAUGCAAUUGGAGGAGCAACGGGUUGGGUACCAAUGUGAAGCGUUUGAACUCGAGAAGCAGAGGUUGAAAUGGGUGAAGUUUAGCAGCAAGAAGGAGAGGGAGAUGGAGAGAGACAAGCUUAAAAACGAGAGAAUGAAGCUUGAGAAUGAGAGGAUGGUCCUCCUCCUUCGCCAGAAAGAGCUCGACUUGAUUGAUCUUCAACAACAGCAACAACAAAAUUGUACCCACAAGAGGAGUGACCCAUCUUCCAUCAACGGAUGAAUUGUAUAGUAGAUUAGAUACAUUAGACAUAUUUAUAUAUGGUUGGUUGUUCUUCUUCCAAAUUUUGUUCAUGUCUUCAUGUAAUUCAGUCUUGGGCUUGCCCUUUCAAUUCUUUCUCUUCUUCUGCUUUGCUUCUUGUAGAUUGGUAUUGUAUGAUGCACAAGUCAGGCUUCUUUUUAUUAUUUUCUAUGUAAGUUCUUGAAAGCUAAAUUUUUGUUGGCA